AUGGCGUUCAAGAAGCGGCGUAUCUUCGAUUUGCGACAGGUUCAGGCCCAACAGAUGGCCACCACGACCGCUAAUCGGAAUCGCAGUGAUCUUAUCCACAAUAAUCCACAAAAUCCCCUCCAACCUGAGCAUCGCUUUCGUCAUAUCGGAGAAUGGUUCUCCGAGAAUAUGCGCAACUACUGCCAGACCACCUCCCUCCAUGGAUUCAGUUACAUCACUCGUCAGGACAUCAGUCGUAAUGAGCGAUGGUUCUGGAUAGUGGUUGUGAUAUUGGCCAUCAUUACUUCUAUUGUCCUGGUCGUGGUUUCCUGGUACUGGAGUAAGGAAACCCCAACGGUGACCGUCAUCGAGAGCUCGCACUUUCCCACCUGGAACAUUCCCUUUCCAGCGGUAACCAUUUGCAAUUUUAACAAGGUAUCCAAGAGCAAGGCACUCAGCUUAUUGGAACAAAUGCAAGUUCCAGCGGGUUUUAACAGAUCCGAACUCUACAACCUCUUUAAUUUACCAUUUUUGGCCGUGGACAGCAUGAUUAGCAACAGUUCGCUGCAGAUGUACGAUAGGAUUCUAACGCUUAAUAAUCUAACGCUCACAGGACUCUCCCAGCAAUUAUCGCCAGAAUGCAUUGAUAUGAUCUCCAGAUGCAUUUGGAAGGGCAUUAAUACGAGAUGUGACAGUCUUUUCCAACGCAUCGAUACUAUGGAGGGGCGGUGCUGCACCUUUAAUUACUUUGGCGGUGUUUCGAAUAAUUUUCCAGAGAAAAUCGCAUAUCAGGUUCCAAAGCGACCGUAUCGAGUCACAGGCUGCGGCUAUCCCACGGGUCUCUCGGUGCUGCUCAAUCCCAUGAUAUCGGACUAUUAUGGAACUUUCUUCAGUGGCUAUGGAUUCCGUCUGCUCCUCCACGAUGCCUACAACUUCCCGGAUGAGAACUCGGAGACAAAAGUCGUCACCACCACGAGGGAGAGUUUUGUGAGGAUAAAUCCGGAGUCCACCUACGCCACCAACGAUAUUCGCCGCAUGGAUGUGUCCAUGAGGAACUGCCUCUUUGGCAGCGAGAGAACUAUGCACGGUCUGCGGCGGUACUCCUUCAUCAAUUGCAUGUUUGAGUGUCGUGUCCGGAUGACCAUCGAACACUGCGAUUGCAUUCCGCCGUAUGUUCACAACAACGGCUCCUACAAAGUUUGCGGAGUGCUGGAAACCAACUGCAUGAUUCGCAGUAAAAGACUCUUCUCCCAUGCUCUGGCUAAUUUGAAUUUCUCGCUAUCGAUUGUUCGAGAGACGGAUAGCUUUCCCUGUGGAUGUCUCCCGGAUUGCCAAUCAAAUCAUUAUGUUUCGGAGAGUACUACGGGCCGGCUGGACAUCAGCUACUUUGCCAACCGUCCGACAUACAGCAAUGCCACGGACAAUAUACUGCUGCAUGUCUUUUUCAGCGAUCUUAUGAGCACCAGAUAUCGCACAGACAUCUUCCAGAACUGGCUGUCCGCCCUGGCUUCAUUUGGCGGUUUGCUGGGGCUAAUUAUGGGAUUCAGCAUAGUGACGGCCUUUGAGUUCCUCUACUUUCUCACAUUUAGGCCGGUCUUCAACUACAUCAACCGGGACUAG